AUGUCGUCGAACUCGAAAGAAUAUCUUUUUCCUUUGAAAUUCCUCUGCAAGGAGAGGAAUAAGACGAAACUUCACAAAAAGAUAACAACUCAAAAUAGCAAACAACCCACGUACCGGGGGUUUCUCUGCCCUACAGUGACAGACCACCGGUGUCCCGACGGGGCCGAAUGCAACGACGACCAGACGUGCUGCGAGCUCGCGGACCAAAGCUACGGCUGCUGUCCCUACAAGGACGCAGUGUGCUGCUCGGACCGCGCCCACUGCUGCCCCAACGGCUACACGUGCGACACCAAGGAUGGGAAAUGCGUCAAGAGCCACCGCAAUCGAACGACGGACUCCCGGAGAAGACUCUCGCUUCGUUCCUCCCUCCGCCCGGUUGAGGUCAGACUUCUGGACAACACGUGCGCAGACGGCCACGUCUGCCCUGGGGAGACCACGUGCUGCGUGACGCCCAGCGGCACGUACAACUGCUGCCCCUUCGCUUUUGGGGUCUGCUGUUCGGACCUCACGCACUGCUGCCCUCAGGGCUACACGUGCGACGAGAGCACCCAGUCCUGCAAGCAAGGCGCCCUUUACCCCUUCCUAAGAGACCUGCCCAUGCUGCCAAAGUUUCCAAGCUCGUCAAACCGGCCCUGAGCCACUUGAAAGAUCGGACCCGAAGCUGAGCUGGAGCGAGUUUGGUGGGAUUCGGCGGAUUGCCAGAGCACGUUCCGGCGGAUCGCCAAAAAGUUGUGUGAUAAUCGUGUUUGCUUUUGUUUUGUAUUGUAUCCUUGCUUUAUACGGGUCUCCACCUUUGGUGUGAGCGCCUAGAACAAUAAAGUGCUCGCUUAUGCGUUGUA